AUGCGGCACGGAUCUUCGCUGCCUCCACAGAAGCUUAUUACCCAGGAUCGCUGCGUUGCCUUCUUUUGGGCAAGGGUAGCUCCGAAUACCCCGAUAUCUGAUGAUGUCCCUCGAUAUACGGAAAACGAGAAUAGCUGGGUGAGGGAGAAAGACCAGACGAAAAGACGUCGACAAAAAGGUGUAAGCAGUGCGGAGAGUUCACAGAAAUUCGACGAAGAGAAGUGGCUUGCUCGAGUCCUCCAGCACUUCUUUCUCCUCCUGUUCGUUGUUAUCGUGAAUCCGAAUUACUGUUGUUUGAUGGAUGUCGCCUGCGUUAUGCCGGCUUCAUUUUUGCUCUCACAGCUCGCCACAACCAACCGCCAUAUAUACGUCUACCCAUUGCCGUCAGUCUCUCUCUCGCAUCGCCUCGGGUUCGCUCCCUCAGCGGUGCCGGAUGCGCGCCGAAUAGGGUUGAGAGCAGAAGCCCGAGCACGCGACCUCACACUCGUUUGGCUCUUGCUAGGCCCGAUUAGGCUUAGCUUCCGUACCUCCCGGCUGGAACUCACAAGGCUGUCGCUCCGAGCAAGCCUUGCUUUCGCAGGUAUCGGCCGACCAAAGCUCCGCGCUUCCGAUGAGGUACACAAGAACUUACCGUACUCGCCAGCGGUUGCCAACAUUCCAGUUUCUGUCAGCUGGCGAUCCAUGCUUACAAAAUCCAGUUGUCUGACAUUGCCGCUCGUGGGCUGCAGUUUCACAGCUAACACACUCCGGGACGUAUUUGGCAAUCGGACCUUCGCAAUCUCUUCUCUGCAAGCCUAUAAGGCUUGUAGGGCUGAUGUUGCUGUCAGUCGAUUCGUCAACGCCGUCGAUCGCCACUUUAGCAAUCUAAGCAUGAUUCGGGAGACUGAAGAUGAAAAUUAA